GAAAUCAUAUAUAUAUAUAUAUAUAUAUAUAACCAUAUCAUGAGGUAAGUGGCUAGUUAAUCUAGCAUCCAUGGCUUCUUCUCCACCUUUGCCAAUAGCAUACGAAGCAGGGACGAGUUUAGCGGUGCCAGAAUGGUUGAACAAAGGGGAUAACGCAUGGCAAAUGAUAUCAGCAACACUGGUUGGGAUUCAAAGCAUGCCAGGGUUGGUGAUCUUAUACGGAAGCAUAGUAAAGAAAAAAUGGGCCGUGAACUCAGCUUUCAUGGCUCUCUAUGCAUUUGCAGCAGUUAUUAUUUGUUGGGUUACAUGGGCUUACAAGAUGUCCUUUGGGCGUAAACUGUUACCCUUUUGGGGAAGAGCUGGUCCUGCCUUGGGACAGAAGUUUCUGAUCAAACAUGCGGCGCUGCCGGCCACCGCGCAUUUCUAUCACAACGGCGUCGUGGAGACGGCGGAGAUUGAGCCGUUUUAUCCUAUGGCCAGUAUGGUGUGGUUCCAGUGUGUUUUUGCUGCUAUCACUGUUGUUAUCUUGGCAGGAUCAGUUUUGGCUAGGAUGAACUUCAAGGCGUGGAUGAUGUUUGUGCCUCUAUGGGUCACUUUUAGUUACACUGUUGGUGCUUUCAGCUUGUGGGGUGGUGGCUUCUUGUUCCAGUGGGGUGUUAUGGAUUAUUCUGGUGGUUAUGUCAUUCAUCUUUCUUCUGGUAUUGCUGGCUUCACUGCUGCUUAUUGGGUGGGGCCAAGAUCAAAGAAGGACAGGGAGAGAUUCCCACCAAACAAUGUGUUACUAAUGUUGGCAGGAGCAGGACUACUAUGGCUAGGAUGGGCAGGUUUCAACGGAGGAGAUCCUUAUGCAGCCAACACAGAUUCAUCCAUGGCAGUAAUCAACACCAACGUCAGCGCCGCCACAAGCCUCCUUGUGUGGACAUGGCUCGACGUUAUUUACUUCAAGAAACCCUCCGUUAUUGGAGCCGUUCAGGGCAUGAUCACUGGCUUAGUUUGCAUCACUCCUGGCGCUGGCCUGGUUCAAGGAUGGGCUGCCAUAGUGAUGGGAGUUCUAUCAGGAAGUGUGCCAUGGUUCACUAUGAUGAUAUUAGGCAAGAAGUUAAAAGUGUUCCAAAAUGUAGAUGACACCCUAGCGGUGUUCCACACUCAUGCUGUGGCCGGAUUCCUUGGCGGUAUACUCACCGGCCUCUUCGCGGAGCCCCGUCUAAGUGCACUCUUCUUGCCCGUUACCAACUCUAGAGGUGGAGUCUAUGGAGGCUCCGGUGCAGUCCAAAUCCUUAAACAAAUAGUGGGAGGAUUGUUCAUCAUUGGAUGGAACGUUGUGGUCACUUCAAUUGUUUGUCUAGUUAUAAAUUUCAUCGUUCCACUGAGAAUGCCUGAGGAGGAGUUGCUGAUUGGGGAUGAUGCAGUUCAUGGGGAGGAAGCUUAUGCUUUGUGGGGUGAUGGUGAGAAACUUGGAAUUUAUGUAGAUGAAACCAGCCACCUUAGAGCGGCAUCAAGUGGUGCCACUCAAGUCGUCUAGAGGAUUGCAAAUCAAAAGCUUGAAGAGUUGAUUCCUUAUUGUUAGUAUAUUCACUAUAUAUUAAUGGCAGUUUGUGUGUGUCAUAAUGUAUAGCUAAUUUGGCGAAAAAUCUAGGUACUACAUGUGUAGGUACAACGGACCAAUAAGAAUGCGCCAUGUCAACUGUUAUUGUAUUGUAAAGAGAAAUAAAAAAAUAACUUUUAUAUUUUAAAUUAUGUACUACUGGUAAUACAUAGUGUAAAUAUC